AUGUUCAAGAAACCUCCUCAUCAGAAGGCUCUGGCUAACAUCAAGUCUAGUGAACGGCGAAAGCUCCUUCAAACCAUUGCCGCCACUUAUGGAGUUGAUUUGGAUCAGUUGAGCAAAGAAGAUCAGCUUCGGUUGGUUCCCAACACAGUCAAGCAAGCCAACUUCAAAACCGAUGCUGGAAGCAGUGGCAUUAUUUAUUUUGAUGAGAACGAAACUCCUGUGUGGUUUAAGGAGCGUGAUUCCAAAUUGUAUCCACUGGUAUACACUUGCUGGCAAGCAGGUGCGUUUUUGCCUGUGAUCAUUACCCACCCUCAUGUCAUUGAUGUACUUGCAGGUGGAGCUGACUUGAUGCUUCCUGGAACUAUUCCACCCUUCGACAAGAGAGCGGUAAAGGGUGUGAUUGUCGGCGUUAGUGAUUCGGCUCACACUCUGGUUAUCAAAGCGAUAGGAGUGACAAACCUUAACAUGACUCAAUUUGAUAGAGUUAUUGGCCGCACUGGGGUGGCCGUAAAUGUCAUUCAUCUGGUCGGUGAUGAGCUUUACAAGCUUGCUAAAGUUGAUAUAACCGUUCCCGAAGAAGUCAAGUCCAUCACCGAACUAAUUCCCGAAAGUGCUGCAACUGAUACUGUAAAUUCCGAAGAUGCAGUUGAUGGAAACACCGAAAUCGUAUUGGAGGGAACAAGAGACGUUGCUACUGGUGACGACAAUGCCGUCAAUAAUGUGACCGAUGAUGUCGCUUCCCUAUCAGUGGAAGACCUCGAUAAAUUUUUCAUUCGUCUGCUUUUUCAAACUAUCAAAACUAGCGAAAUUGAUCUUCCAAUUCCGGCAUCGACAUUCAUGUCCCAGUACAUUUACAAAAAUCUUCCUGUGAUAGACUCAAGCUAUGCCAACGUGAAGAAAACCUCGUGGAAAAAGACCACAAAAUUUCUCAAAGCCAUGGCUAAAGAAGGCUAUUUGAGCGUCAAAGGUAAAGAUGAUGAUUUACAAAUUAUCAAGCUUAUGAGUACAAACUCGCCCCAGAUUCAAAACUUUGUCACUCAUAAAACGAUUGCAAAAGCUCAAGCAGCUCCAACUGAGCCUACUGCUCUGAAGAACUCAAGCUUACUACAAAUCAAAAGCUGGUACAAACCCACAGGACACUACCGUUUUAUUUUCAAUGAUCUUGACCUCAAUUACCAACGGUUAUACGCUGCUGGUGACGUGAAGAAGAUUUUGGACAAUUACGUGAAGAAGCACGGGCAAGUUGAUCAAAAGAAUCCUAAGAAUUUGAUUUUGGACGAAAAUCUCAAAGCAGCAACAGGACUCAAAGAACCUAGUGCACCUCGCGACGCUGUAUCUAAAGCUUUCUUGAAAGGAUUCUCUCCUCAUUGCGAAGUUAUCAAGCCUGGUCAGGAGCGAGGAGAAAUGUAUAAGGGGGAACCUCCCAAAAUUCAAGUAAUUACCGAAACGAAGAUUGGCCGAAAGACUAUUACGAAGGUUGUGGAUUUUGAGCGGUUUUAUAUAAAACCUGUCGCACUUUCGGAUGAGCUUAAGGUCAAAUGUCAAGGCAGCGCCACCAUUCAUGAGUGUGUACAAAACCCCAAACUAAUGGAGGUACAAGUGCAAGGUCCUCAUGGUCCCGUUAUUGUGGAUUUGCUUAAGAACAAGUGGGGCGUGCCCGCAUCUUUCAUAAAAUUUGAGGAUAAGCUGAAGAAAAACCGGAAGCGAUGA